GGUAGGCAGGGAGAGGUUCCCAAUACAGGAAAGGGCUUCUGCAAGAGGCUAAGGGAUUCGGCUGUCACCCCAAGAGCAGCACAAUCUAAACGCCAACUGGUUGGUUUAGAAGGGGCUGUAAAGUAUCUGGCCUUUUCCUGAAAAACAGGAGAACAUGAUAUUAGCAGUGACAAUUUCAAUGAUUCCUGUGCUAUACACAGUAGUAGGGGACAAAUCUACCUACUACAUUGGGCGAACUCUAUGGUUUAGCCUCAUCUGUCUAUACAGCCUAGCAAUGAAUGUGGUCCAGGUACACUGGAUCAAUCUCCGUGAAGAGUUCAAAUGCCAUGGAAAUAUCACCUAUCCUUGUUUUGUGGAGUGUUUUGAACAAUUGUUUAGCAUUCCUAUCAUAGGAAUGUGGUACUACUUCUACUUUAUCUUCAUAGCCUUGUUCUUUCUCAUGGAAUACUUCAUGGCUCAGAUUCGGCAUAAUUACACCAAGGUAAAGGUGAAGACCAUGCAGCAACCUAAGAACUCAGAGGAAGUGGAGAAGGGUUCCAUGGAGGUAAUCAGGAAGCAGAGCCUCUCCCAGAAGAUCGCCCUUCUGAACUUCCACAAGGAGAAGAAGCUCUUACACCUGUAUCUGCUCCACUCCCUCCUGCAGGUUGCCCUCCAGACUGUGUUUCUAUGCCUGCUCACAUUCAAACACCUGCCCAUAGUCAGACAAAGCAAAACUCACUGCAGCACCAACAGCUGCUCUACCCCAAUUCACUGCCUGAUCAGGAACUCCCCAGGGAAGAGAAUGAGCAUCUACGGCCUCAUCACCUUAUCUACCGUAAACAUCUUCCUCGUGUCAGGCUACUUCAUCUACAGCAUCCAUCAUUACCUAAUAGAAGCUCGUUCAGCUUCCAAGAUUCAAAUUUACUGAUGUUUCUAAGAGAUAGCACACUUCUUAAAGUCCUUUCUCCUCCACAUAAGGAACUUUAUGUUCUUCUAAAUUUUGUUGUUUCAGGAAGAGCCUCUUCCUUCUGACCUUUUUUGGGUCUGAUUUUAAGAAAUAAACA